AGACCGGCAGCAUGGACGGACUCUCGCUCUCUCUGGACGCGCUCAUCAAGGCCGAGAACCAGGAGAAGAAGGCGAAGCAGCGUGCUGCGGCUGCCGAGAAGAAGCGCAAGCUUGCUGCGGAGAAGGCCAAGAAGAAGGCUGCUGCUGACCGGGCCCGCAAGGCCAAGGAGGCUGCCGACCGCAAGGCGGCGGCUGGCCGCAAGGCUGCUGCCGCCCAGGCCCAGCAGAAGCGCCGCUCGGGCAAGGCCCGCAACCAAACCGGACGCAACCAGCGCCGUGGGGACGCCGGACCAUACAAGGUUGUCUUUACUCGCGACAACGACGAUCCGUUCGGCAUCGGUGCCGGCGGCGCUCGCAAGGGCAAGCAGCGCGGCGGUCGUGGCAACAACAACAGCAACAACAACAACAACAACAACAACAGAGGAGGCAACAACCGCCGCGGUGGUCGUGAUGGCCGCAAUGAUCGUAACGAUGGUGGCCGUGAUACCCGCGAGCGUGGCCGUGGCGGGCGCGGCGGCGAUCGCGGCGGCGACCGCGGCGACCGCGGCGACCGUGGUGGCGACCGUGGUGGCGACCGUGGCGGCGACCGUGGCGGCGACCGUGGCGGACGUGGCGGCGACCGCGGUGGGCGCGACGUUGGCCGCGGUGGGCGCGACGCUGACCGCGGCCGCCCGGCGCCGUCCGGCCCGCCGGCUCCGGCCGUGGAGCCGUCGGCCAAGCUGGUCGUCUCGAACCUGGCCCCGACCGUCACCCAGACCGAUGUCAACGACCUCUUUGCCGACCUUGGCGAGCUUGUCAAAGCUGUUCUGGCCUUUGAUGCCGAGGGUAACUCGACUGGUGUUGCCCAUGUCACGUACUCGUCUCCGGACGAGGCCGCCCUCGCCGUCGCAAAGUACAACGGCGUCGCCCUCGACGGCCAGACCAUGCUCAUCGAGUACGUGGGCACCGUCAAGAAGCUUUCUGUUCACGACCGUCUUGUCUAAAUCCAGUCAUUGCUA